AUGAUUGACGACAUAAUUGUGAAGCUGCUGCCAAGUAAAGUGAAUGCACUCAGAGGACCUGGUAACAUGAAAGAGAGCGCAGAAAUGUAUGAUGAAAACAAGAACUCUCUUGUUCCACCAAUGGAAAGUGACUUCAGACAGCCGAUCACUAGCCAGGUUGCGAAUCUUUAUGGCCAGGUUGUUAGAUCCUCCGCCUCAAUGUUGGCAUCUGUGGGUAAGAUCUUGGCAUUUUUAAUAUCAUUCGCUUCCUCCAAAAAUGAUAGUAGUAAUGUCAACGACAGUGAACGAGAUCCAAUCAACAAGCUACCAAAUUCUACAGGUGCCUUGGGAAAGAUUCAUGCUUUUACCCCUCUCACCGAUAGGAAGAUUUGGGGGCUUUUAUCAAACAUAUCUCAUAUCAAUCAAAGAAAUCCGCUACUUUCAUCCUCUUUGGCAGCUGCCUCCUUAUUAUUAUCCCGAAGCCAGGUGCUGUCAGACAUGUUCUCACGUGCUACAUCAUACUAUCUUAAAAAAUAUGUCUGCAAUGAAAUGAUGAUAACUCGAAUUUUGAAGUCAGUACGUCAAAACCUGUUCCCCAAUAACGGAAAUAUGGGUCCUCCUAGAACUGUCCCCACAACAGAAGAACAGAUUGAGCUUCACAAUCAGGCGAUUGAGUCCAUAAUUCACAAUAUCCCAGAUCGAUUGCGACCCUUAUUACUGGGAUCAAAUCCUUAUGAGGAACUCGCCGAUAUUCUUGACGUUUUUAGUGAACAGGCGAUUAACAAACAUCUCAUCUACUCUUUACUUGAUUUUAUAAUACUGAGCAUACUCCCAGAGCUAACAGAACAAACUCCUCAUCAGCUUUUACAAAAAAGGCUACAUAAUGACUCAUGA